AUGUGACGAAGAAUCUAACGCGCACGCAAGCAAGUCCCACACAGUUUGGAUUAUAUAUUCGAUUUCAUUUCUUCAUCUUACAAAACUACUAGCUUCAUUGUAUAAAUUUCAACUUAAGAGGAUUAUAUACAUCUCAACAUAAGUUCAACAAUGUCAAAAGUGGAUGAGGAAUUAAAACAAGCUUUCACCAAGUUGCAAGAAAAAAUGAGGGACACUAAGCAGAAAUUGAAAUUGGCUGAUAUAGAAAUAGAAAAGCUGAGACGCAUAAAACAUUGGUCGGAACUCACUGUUAAGGAAAUUGGCUGCCUUCCGGAAGACACAAGGGUUCACAAAUCUGUCGGUCGAAUGUUCGUUGCGGAGGAUAUAAACGAGAUGAAAAACGACUUGGAAAAUAUAGUAAAAACGCGCGAUGAGAAAAUCAAAAUGUUAGAGAACAACAAAAUGUAUUUACAGCGAAGUUUAAAGGAGAGUGAAAAUGAAAUUCGCGAGAUGAUACAACAAAAGCAAAAUAAAGAAACUUCUGGUUGAGAUGUUGUACGCGUCAAUAUGUGAGAACACUGUUUCUUUUAAUAACAAAUUCUCAAAUCCUUCUCAUCCUUUUUUUAACAUUUGAAUCCAGUUGUUUUGUUGAUGUGGUAAUGGACUGGAUUGGAACAUCAAAUAGGUGGUUAAUUAGUGGAAAAAAAAAAAAACAAACAAUAAGUGGACAUUUGUCCAUCCACUAAUGAAACAUUUGUGUGGGUUUGACAUAAAUCUUGUCAUCAGCUGGAAGACGUUAUUUAUGCAAUUUUUUAAAUGAUAAUCUUUGUAUAACAUAUUUGGAAUAAAAUUCUUUGUUCAGGAA